AUGGCGGAUUGGUUCCAAUCCUCCACCGCUAGGAUGGAUUCUGACUAUCCUCCUAUGCAAUGCUUCCUUUGCGGUGAAUUUGUUGCAGUACCAACUUCUUCCAGAAUGUGUGCCACCUGCCUAACAAAGAGCGUCGAUUUGAGCGAAAACGUAUCCACUCACUGUACAAUACUGCAAUGCUCAACCUGUGCAAGAUUUUAUCACGAUCGAUGGCUGAAUUGCGAGUUGGAAAGCAAAGAGCUAUUGUCUAUAUGUUUGAAGAAGAUUAAGGGAAUAGAACUCCUGAAGAUAGUGGAAGCCAACUUCAAAUGGACCGAACCACACAGCAAAAAGUUGAAAAUUAAACUUUUGGCGCAAAAGGAAGUAGAUAACAACUGCGUAGUCGAGCAGACGUUGAACAUCGACUUCGCAAUAGUGUCGACGCAGUGCUCGAACUGCAAGCAGAUGUACACACCGCACACGUGGAAGGCGAUGGUGCAAAUAAGGCAAAAGACGAAGGACAAGAAACACAUACUGCUGCUAGAGCAGAUCAUACUAAAGAACAACGCACACGAGAACGUGCUGAACAUACUCUCGAGGAGGAACGGAUUCGACCUGCACUUCCCGUCGAGAAACGACGCGCAGAAGUUCGCAGACUUCGUGACGGAUAAAAUAGUGGCGCAGGUGAAGAACAGCAAGAAGCUGGUGACGCAGGACGUCAACAACAACAAGUACAACUACAAGUACACGCUGCACGUCUCACUGGUGCCAAUAUGCGUCGAUGACCUCGUGUUCCUGUCGCCGAAGGUGUGCUCGGUCUACGGAGGAGUGUCGCCGUUCCUGCUCUGCACGAACCUGACCUCGACGAUCACACUCCUGGACCCGUUCACGCUGAGGAGGCUGGAAAUAUCGAGCGACAAGUACUGGAGACACCCCUUCGAAUCACGUAAGUCCAAUGAGAGAAAGUCAAAUAACGGCGUUUCAGUGUUCAACAAGUUUAACCUGUAUGAGUUCAUCGUGUUAAACAUCGAGAGAGACUACUCGAAGAAGCAGGAGUCGCACUACGAGCUCGUGGACGUGGAGAUCAUGGCCUCAAACUCGUCGAAGGUGAUCUACACGAAGUCGCACCUGGGAAAGAUCCUGACAGUGGGAGGAUCGUACCUGGGCUACGACAUUAGGAGAAUCAACAUGAACGGACUCUCGGAGGAGGAAACGAACAUAAAGAAGAAAAUACCAUUCGACGUAAUACUCGUGAGAAAGGCGAAGAAGCAGUCUCUGAAGCACAACUGGGUGCUGAAGAGAAUAUUCAGGAAGAAAAGUAACAAGGAGAAGGACGACUUGGAAGAUGACAUCGACGAAGACGAGCUCUUGGACUUCAAAGACGAAAUAAUAAGCAGAAAGGAGCUGCAAAAGGACAUAGACUUUUAUCGCAAUCCAAGGUCACAAAUGCCGAAGGAAGUGGACAUAACCCCGGGGUCGGACCUGUCUGACGACAUGGCACUGAGUAAGCUGACAGUGCAGCUGAAGGAACUAUCGAUAAACGAUGACCAGUAUUUUUAA